GUUUGUUUCCCGUUUGUCGUCCCCGUUUGUUAUGCACAAGUACAGUCCUGUGCUACGAAUGAAAUCAGCUCUUGAUGGUCUUUGGCUAUCUCUAUCGGCUUCUGGAACCACUUACUUCUUACAGAUCUUUUUGCAGUCUGUAAAUCUCUUUGACUCGUUGACUGGUCAUGUCUGCUCCUGAUCCAGCUCCUGGCCCAGUUCCGGAACCAGCUUCGGGUCCUUCUGUUCCACCCGCGCCUGAUGUGACUGCUAUGAAUCCUGAGCGGAUUCGGAUGCUCGCUGAAGCUCCUCGAGAGAAAUCUCCCAAGCCGGCCCUUUUUGUCAAGAGAGAGGGUUCUUUGCCUCCUUUCAUGAAAACAGGCGCUAAUGGAGAUGCCUUGGGUGACUGGUCUAACCGUUCCUCCCGAGGCUCUCAGAAACCUGAUGGAGGCUCCUUCAAGCGGUCCAUCAGCGAGCUCAUGAUGGAGGCCAAGGAGAAACGUGUGCAGAAGGACAAGAAGCCCAAGAUCACUCACGCGGCAAAGUACUACACCGAUGUUCAGCCCCUUGGUCACGCUCCUCUGCCAGACGACUCCACCCAGUACCUCACUUCACUCUUGCGAAACCGAAACUUGAACCUCUGCUUGCAGGCCGCUCCGAGCAAGAAGAAUGAUGCGCCUGGCAAGCCCAAGACAUAUACCUUUCUCAUCUCCAAUGCUGGAAUGGUCCAGCAUGAGAAACUGUCUAUGCUGGGCCAUACUCGAGCUCUCCCUCUGUCCCUUCAUGACCAGGACAUCUCUUCUUCAGAAGGCGCCAUUACCCGCACCGUGAUUGGCGAGUUGCUUGAGGAUGUUUGGUCUAGACUGACAAAUAGUGAAAAGUAUAUGUACGCCAGGCAACUCCGCAACCUCCUCCACAAGAUGCGGAAUGAGAGCAAGCAGGGGGCAGGUUUUCCUCUAGGAUCUAUCGAGUCAGGACCUUACACCUUGCUUCAAGAUAAGCACCCUGACCAUACCUACUACGCAAUUCGCCCAAGCCCCAACCAGAAGCAGUUCAUGGCACUUCUCAUGUCAACUAUUUGGUGGGAGUACGCACGGUUCUUCGAGGCCAGAACUUCCGAGGCGAACAGUGACUGGUACAGCUACGCAGCUGAGAUCUUUGAAGAGGCGUUCCCGGCUGAGUUGGCUGCCUACCAGGGAAUUGCGAGAUGUCAGCAGCCCUGA